AUUAGAAAAACUUUAUUCAUGUGUCAGUUCGUAGCCGUGGGUUCGCGUCGACUGUCCGGCGCCCAGGACUUCGCCAAACGGCACAACAUUACCAAAGCUUACGGCUCUUACGACGAGUUGGCCAAAGACCCUGAUGUUCAGGUGGUAUACGUGGGCACCGUUAACAACGUCCACUUGGAUAACGUUAAGCUACUGCUCGAGAAUGGGAAACACCUACUCGUCGAGAAGCCACUCGCCAUGAACUCUAAGCAAGUCGAAGAGAUGAUAGCUUUGGCCAAAUCCAAGCGCCUGUUCUUCAUGGAGGCGCUGGUGUCACGAUUCACGCCGUCGUUUGUCUUCGUGAUGGACCAGAUCCGGAGGGGUGUCAUCGGACACGUCUACCACGUGAACGCCGGACUCGGCUAUAAGAUGAUACUGGAGGACAGGGUGGCCACCAGAGAACUUGGCGGCGGAACUGUACUCGAUUUGGGUAUCUAUGCGAUCGGUAUCGCCGAUCAGGCCUACGAUGGAGAGAUGCCCACAAAGAUCUCGGCCAUCGGACAGUUGAAUGAGAACGGAGUGGACCUGAACUUCGCCGCUAACCUCAAGUAUGGCGGCAAUCGGACGGCCAGUAUAUUCGCCAACAGUUUGCUUCUCCUACCCAAUGAAGCAUUCAUUGUCGGCACUAACGGCACG